AUCGACCCGAAGAUAAAUCGGGGUCAACAUAACCAGGGGGGACAGGCAAACGAGAAAGAAGAUGAGGAGGAAAGGUUAGGUAGAAAACGAGAAGCACGCAGGCAUAAUAUGCUCUCACUCACUUAGGCUAAGAAUCUGCGCAGAGAUAAGCUAUGGAUUAGGGUUUCCAUCGAUUAACCAAUCUCUUCCUUGGGCUUCAGAGAUUCUCAUCGUCUCCGUCUUUAUAUACACACACAUACACAUUCUUCGUCUUUGUGUGUUUGUUAUCAUCUGAGUAACUGCGACAACAAGAAGGUCUUUCCGUUUCGAUUCCGUUCAGAUUAAAUCGAUGGAUUCGCAGAUGCUCGUGGCGCUUGGACUGUCCCUUGUGGGUGGAUUAAGUACUUCUUUAGGUGCGCUUUUCGUAGUUCUUAGUGAGACUCCCAAUAUGAAGAUGCUUGGACUUCUGCAGGGUUUUGCGGCAGGUCUGAUGUUGAGCAUAUCGUUCCUGGAUUUGGCUCAUAAUGCUAUAAACUCUAUUGGCUUCUUGAAAGGCAAUCUCUGGUUUUUCGGUGGUGUGAUAUUCUUUGCGUGUAUUGCCAAAUUCAUACCGGAACCAACACUUGGUCCUUCUACUGACGUGAAAAGAAGAAAGAAAAAUGGAGACGAGGGAGGUAAGGACAUGGCGAAGAAGCAUCGCCGGCAAGUCUUAUAUAGUGGAAUUGUUACAGCUAUUGGAAUAAGCUUACACAAUUUUCCAGAAGGGAUGGCCGUAUUUCUCGGAUCAAUUAAGGGCAUGCGAGUUGGUGUUAAUCUGGCUUUGGCAAUCGCUUUACAUAACAUUCCGGAGGGUGUUGCGGUUGCACUUCCUAUAUAUUUUGCAACAGAGAGCAAAUGGCAGGCAUUCAAAUUGGCAACACUCUCUGGUUUAGCUGAGCCUCUAGGUGUAAUUAUCGUGGCUUAUCUGUUCCCGAGCAGCUUGAGUCCUGAAAUCCUUGAAGGCUUGUUGGGAGCAGUUGGUGGAAUCAUGGCUUUCCUAACUUUGCACGAAAUGCUUCCUUUGGCAUUUGAUUAUGCUGGACAGAAGCAAGCUGUUAAGGCUGUGUUUGUCGGUAUGGCUUGUAUGUCUGCAAGUCUUUACUUUCUGGAGCUGAGUUUACCUGAGUCAAUGGGUUAGUCAGUUUAGUUAUGUCAUGUGUGCAAUAAUUGCCUCCUUAAAGACAGAAACAAGUCUGUGGAGUAUAGUCUCUUUGUAUCUGUGAAAUCAAUAGGAUCUGUAACAAUUGAGUAUUCAUUUUUAAUUCAAAGUAAUAAUCUCUUUUAACAUCUUA